UUUGUACUUCGAUCUGACUGGACAUAGGUAACGAUGGGAGACCACGGUAUAGGGCUAAGUGCAGUGAACCUGAUUGAGGGAGAUAUAAAUGGGCACUCUAAAAUGCAGCAGAAUAUUGAAGAAGAAAAGUAUGAGUGCGAAAUCACCUACGGUAUAGACGAUGUCCCGCCAUGGUACCUGUGUAUUUUUAUGGCCCUCCAGCACUACUUGACCAUGAUUGGGGCCAUAGUCAGCAUCCCCUUCAUAUUGACACCAGCCCUGUGUAUGAAGGAAGAUGACCCUGCCAGGGGUCACAUUAUCUCCACUAUGAUCUUUGUCACUGGCUUGGUAACUUGGUUCCAAGUCACUUUUGGUUGUAGACUGCCGAUUGUCCAGGGAGGGACGAUAUCCUUCCUGGUGCCGACCCUAGCCAUCCUCAGUCUGCCCCGGUGGCAAUGUCCUCCUCAGGAUGUUCUAGACCAGAUGUCCCCGGACAACCGCACGGAGGUGUGGCAGGUCCGCAUGCGGGAGUUGUCAGGCGCUAUAGCAGUCUCCUCUCUGGUGCAGGUGUUCAUCGGCUACUUCGGGGUGAUGGGUAUCCUACUCAAGUUUGUGACUCCCCUCACCAUAGUGCCAACAGUUUCUUUGGUGGGACUGUCAUUGUUUGAACAAGCAGGAGAUGCCGCGUCCAAGCAAUGGGCUAUAUCUGGCUGCACCAUAGUGAUGCUGACAGUGUUCUCCCAGCUUCUGACAGAAGUAAAGGUUCCAGGCAUCAGCUACAAGAGAGGAGAAGGGCUCAGAAUCAUCUGGUUCAACCUCUUCAAACUUUUUCCUGUGCUUCUGACUAUAGGAAUCAUGUGGGGCAUCUGUGGUAUCCUGACUUGGCAAGAAUUUUUUCCUGAAGGACACCCGGCCCGGACUGACGUCAAGAUUAAGAUUCUUGAGGACUCUGAUUGGUUCAGAGUUCCAUACCCAGGACAAUGGGGCAUGCCUACCAUAACCCUGUCUGGAGUGCUGGGCAUGCUAGCUGGGGUGUUGGCUUGUACUGUGGAGUCAGUCAGCUACUACCCGACUGUGGCCAAGAUGUGUGCUGCCCCUCCUCCGCCCGUGUCCGCCAUCAACAGAGGCAUAGGCACCGAGGGUCUUGGAACAUUCCUCGCUGGUAUCUGGGGGAGUGGCAAUGGCACAAACACCUUUGGGGAGAAUGUUGGUGCAAUAGGAGUCACCAAGGUUGGCAGUAGAAGAGUGAUUCAGUACGCCUGUGUAUUGAUGCUUCUACAAGGAGUGAUCAAUAAGUUUGGUGCCUUCUUCAUCAUCAUACCGGAGCCUGUAGUAGGGGGGAUCUUCUGUGUUAUGUUUGGCAUGAUCACAGCAUUCGGACUAUCCGCUUUGCAGUAUGUCGAACUGAAUUCUUCCAGAAACUUGUACAUCAUUGGCUUCUCAAUGUUCUUUUCUUUGGUUUUGCCCAAAUGGAUGGUUGCCAAUCCAGGAGCCAUCCAGACAGGCAAUGAGAUCCUGGACAGUGUCCUGACAGUCCUGCUCAGUACAAGUAUCCUUGUAGGAGGACUCAUUGGCUGCUUCCUGGAUAAUGUGAUUCCUGGUACGCCCAAAGAGAGGGGAUUGACUGCAUGGGCUGAACAGAUGAAGUUGGAGACAUCUAGUGGAGAGCAUGAAUCCAGUACUUAUGACUUCCCUGUGGGCAUGGGGCUUGUCAAGAGGUGCAAGUGGAUGUCAUAUCUACCAUUCAUGCCAACCUACAAGUCUGGCCAGUGGUGCAGUUAGUUACAUUGUUUACAUUGUGCUUUUGCUCUUAUGUCUGCCCACGUGAAAGAAACAGGACAUUUAAGCUUUUACCUACCCGCCAUGUUAAACUUCCCUAUCCCAAGCGUGAUGUAUACAACUUCCUUACUUCUCGAGUGAUGUAAAGUUGAAAAAACUCACUCGGUGAUGUAAUGAAACCCAUUUAAAUAACAUUGAGUGCUUAACUUAAAAAAUAUACCUCUAUGGAGCCAACGACGUUCAACGCUAGAAAUCAGCUGUGCGCUUGAAUGGUAUUGUUAUGCUUUUAAGUAUUUUCCUAACCUAGCUUUUGUUUGUAAAAGAAGGUUACUGUUACCGUAGACGAUGAGGGAAAUGAAUAAUGAAAAAUAUCGUACGUAACCCCAUGUAUAUUGUCGGGUCAGGUAAAAUCUUGUACGUUACACGUUACGCAAGAGCGUGUUUACAUCUCUUAGGUGAAUUAUGCAACUCGCUUCCGCUCGUUGCACAACAUUCACCUGCGUGAUGUAAAAACGCUCUUACUACUCUUGUAAUGUAAAUAGCUAUUACGUUUGAUAUGCUGUAAAUGAUUUCCUUGAGCUAUGUAUAUAAGUAUGUUAUUAUAUAUAUGUUAAACUCAAUGUUUAGUGAACAUAAAAAAAAUUGUGUGUUGAA